AUGCGGGGGUUUCGUGAUGCUCUAGGUUAUGGGGAUUUAAUAGACCUAGGGUUUCAUGGCCCUCAAUCUACAUGGUGGAACUCGGAAACCCAGCUCCGUCUGGACAGAGCAGUUUGCACACCUUCCUGGUUUGAUAUCUAUGGCCAUGCGAGACUACAACAUCUGCCGCCUAGCGAUUCAGAUCACGUCCCUAUCCUGCUUCAUGCCAGCACGGUCCCAUUGCCUAAGAGAAGGAUCCAUCGUAGAUUCAAGUUUGAAUCUCACUGGUUGCAGAAUAGUGAGUGUGAUGAUGUUGUGAAGACGGCAUGGGCUAUUGAUGUUCCUGGUUCACCCAUGUUUCGUGUAACGCAGAAGAUUACCUAUACAAGGUUAGAGCUAGAUAAAUGGCAGAAAAGGGCGUAUAAGGGUAGACAAUUGCAGAUGCUUGGCAUUAGAGCGAGAAUGGAGGAAUUGCUUGAUGUUCAGUUGUCUGAGGCUGUGACGAGGGAGAAGAAACAAUUGACGGAAAAGCUGCAGUGUCUUCUUUCACAAGAAGAAAGCUUUUGGAAGCAACGUUCCAAAGUGCAUUGGUUGAAAGAGGGAGACCGAAAUACAAGUUAUUUUCAUAGGAAGACUGCUAAUAGAAGGAGAAAAAAUACUCUUUGUGGUUUGUAUAAUGAAGAUGGCGAAUGGUGUGAGGAGGAUGAGGAAGUGGAGAAGGUGAUAACUUCUUAUUUCUCUACUAUGUUUACUGCCUCCGAGAUUGAUAUGGAAGCUAUGAACACUACCUUGGAAGCAAUCCAGCCUUGCGUUUCUCAAUAG